AUCCAAUUUCAUUUCAUCGUCAUGUUUGUGAGAUGAUGGACAACCCUCGACUUUCUGAUGCUGUUGCAUCUCUUUUCCAUAAACUGGAACCCUCUAAUCUUUCCAAAUACAAAUUCCCACCAGAUCUGGAAAUUGGUCUUACAAAACUGAAAGAUUCACUGCCCCUUCUGCUUGACCCUAGCCGUACCCACGAUUUAUCUUUAUCCACUGAUGAUCUCGAGCACCCUGUUUGCAGGGUAAAUGAUUUACUGGAUCUUCAUUUUGAUGAGAGUUCUUCAAUUGUUAAAGACGAUGGAGAAGAAGAAGAAGAAGAAGAGAAGAGGUUUGAGGAGCUGAGGUUGCUUAUCUCACGCUUGGCGCCACUGUUUAAAAGUUGUUCUGAAAUAACAGAGUUUGAGUUGGCCUAUCUUAAACGUCUUCCGCCCGAUCUUUUCAGAUUAGUUGUGUAUUGCUCAAUUUAUCCUAAAGGUCAUAGAUUUGUCAGAGAAACUCAGGUCAAUAUGUUGAUGGCUCAGGAUCUCUUGAGAGAUACACUAGAAAAAUAUAUAAAUCCUGACAAAAUGCCCGUAAGUAUUGUAACAACAUAUGUAAUGCCUGAUGAAACAACUAUCUUGAGAGAUACUGGAAAGCGGUAUUUUGAAGAGCUGCUUUCCAGAGGGAUAUUUGAAAAACCCGUGUCUGUUUUUGGUAAUGGCAACAGCAGAAGCGUAUACAGCUGUGAGAUGAACCCUCUUGUCUGUGAUGCAGCACGCCGCCUUGCAGCUGAAGAGGUAGCUGUGUUCAGUACACGUAAUUCUGAUGGUUCCUCUUCUGUAACUGUUGGACAACGAACUAAGCAUGUAGCAUUCCACAAGAACGGGUUUUCACGGUUUAACCUGGAAAAGGUGAUCCAGAAUUGUGAAAACACUACUUCAUUAUUAAUGUUCUCUAGUCACUGGGAUGCGUUUUUUGGUGGAUCUGCAGGUCAAAUUGUAAGAUUGGAUAAUUUAAGACAGCUUCGUGUAUUAGACUUAUCUGGAUGCCAAUUUAGGAAGCUUCCACCUAUCCGUCUAUCUUCCUUGAAAUAUCUUAGUCUGUUAGGGAAUGUUCUUCUCGAAAGUUUUUCUUGUGAGUUUUUUCCGCUCUUGGAGACAUUAGAUAUUCAUGGAUGUGUUCGAUUGGAAAAUGUUGUGGGUUUAGAACUCUUAAGCGAUUUGAGGAAUUUGUACUUAACAUCCCGGCAAUCAUCUUUGACUUUAGGUUUCCACCGACGAGGAGUGUUAUUAGAAGUCUCUCACUGUGUGCAUUUGAUCGACAUUAGAGGUCUACAUAUGAAUAUAUUGCGCAUCUUUGAUUGCCCAAGCCUUAAAACACUUCAUAUCCGUUACCUUGAGGAAUUAGUUCUGCAUAAUUGUGCUAGUCUAGUUAUAGACUAUGGAACACAAUUGUAUGGGAGAAGCAUAUAUCUCAAAAGAUUGGAACUUGUAGGUCUUCCAAUGGUUCGGUUGCCUGACUGGCUUCAAUUCGCCCAGGUUCUAGAGUAUUUCAUGAUUAAAAAUUGUCCACAGUUACAAAAGCUAGAGAGUGUGAAAUACCUUAGAUCUCUUCAGGAACUAUACAUCUAUAGUUGUCCAAAUUUGCGAUCUCUACCUUAUAAUGCUCUAUACUCACUUCCUAACCUCAACUUACUCGAUAUCAGGAAUUGCCCAAAGCUCACUGGAAUACCCACAUGGCUCUCCAAUAUUCAGGAGGUGUUUAGUGCUAUUCCAUCUUUCUUCAGGAAAAGCAGUUCUACUGGUCGUGCUAAAACACACAAACCCCAAUCCAGUUCGGAAUCGAAAGGGCCAAGAAGAAAAGCUUCGUCCUCUUUGCCCCUGCCGUCGGAGUCGCCUUCCAAAUCCAACGUCUUAAAAGUAUAUCUUGAUGGACAAAUCCACAAGUAUUCUCCAAAUCAGGAGCCUAAUGCUUCAACAGCCUCACAUUUGCAUCAGAGUGAUCCAUAUUUUGUUGUGAAAUCACGAAUGAAUAGAACAACAGGACUGCUGAUUAAUCAUAAUCAUUGGCGCACUCUAGCAUUGGUUUUUAAAGCAAUAAUGAGGAUGAAAACUAUUGUUAGCCCUGGACGAGACCUGACAAAGCUUCACUGCUGCCUCUUCCCCGAUGACUAUGAAUUCGAGAGAGAGACAUUAGUCCAGUUAUGGAUGGCUGUGGGGUUUUUAGGAGAUAUACACAUGGAAGAUGCUGGAAACUUAAGAUUUGAUGCUCUGUUAGAGGGACAGUACAUCUUACCAGCAAGGAUUGAUAUUUUGACCGGAAAAAGUAAGUACAAAGUUAAUUAUGAUAAGGUUACAAAUCUUCUAAAUGGGAUCCAAACACUCCAAAAUAAGGAUCUGCGUGCCAUGUUAGAAGAUGAAGAUGCAUCUGUGGUGGGAUGGCAUGUCUCAAUAGUGUCUAAUGACAUUGAUCAAGCAACAUUUGAGACACUAAAGACUUUCAACGAAUUAAGGACACUUUUAUUUGUUCGUAAUUAUGGUUCUUCUCUCAAACAGAUACCAUCAGAUUUGUUUUUAGCUCUCAAGUCUAUACAAGCACUUGAUUUGAGUGGAAGCCAUAUAACUGAGCUGCCAAGUUCUAUAGGUAAUCUGAUACAAUUAAGUUACCUUGAUCUUUCGUUUACACUAAUUGAGAGUUUACCUGAAUCCAUUGAUCAACUUCAUCAACUGCAAACCUUGAAACUUGAAGGGUGUAGGCAUUUAUACAUCCUUCCUGAUGGAAUGAAAGAGCUUAUUGGCCUUCGCUGUUUAGAUUUUGAUGUUUUGGGCCAACUAACUUGUAUGCCCAAAGGUAUGGGAGCUCUUACUGAGCUUCGCAUACUAUCAGCAUUCAUUGUUGACUCAGGAGAGGGUUGUAGCAUUAGAGAACUCCAGCACAUGAAUAACCUUAAAGGAAGUUUUUGUAUCUCUGGGUUGGAAAAUGUGACUCAGCGUGAGGCCAAGGAAGCUACUCUAUUUGAUAAACGGUACCUUAUUCGGUUGCAACUAAGAUGGAAUGACUUCAAAUCUUACGAUGAUCAAAAGCGACAUGACAUAUUUUGGACUACUUAUCAUCUUGAGCCAAAUUCAUGUUUGGAAGAGUUGGAGAUAUUAUAUUAUCCUGGCUUAAUAUUGCCACCUUGGGUAGGCUUUCCAAAGUUUCAGGGGCUUUGUAGUAUAACACUCCUCAAGUGUUCAAUUGUUGAGCUCCACAUCAAAUUAGGAAAGUUGCCGAAUCUCCGGUAUUUGAAUAUUUCUUUCAUGUCAAGAUUGACAGUUAUCAAUUACAGGGUUCACCGCCUAUUUAUCGAUGAACAUUGUUGCGGUUUUCCUAAAUUGGAGACACUACAAAUUGAUGGAAUGCCUAAAUUAGCAACUUGGGAUGGAGUACGUUAUGGUGAUUUCCCACUCCUUUCUAAGCUUUAUGUAAAGCAAUGUCCCAAGCUGAGUGUGCUUCCAUUUCUUCCAGAUCUCCCCUCCUUAAAGCAUCUAGAAAUAAGCCACUGCAAAGUGUUAAACUCUCUCUCAACUGGACCAACUUUGUCAACGUCGCUAGAAUCUCUUGUUAUAGAUGCUUGUCCUUUGUUGAAAAAGAGAUACAUCAGGGGAGGUGAAGGCUGGUUCGAGAUUGAACAUAUUCCAGAUAUAACAAUUGAUUUGAAAGAUGUUCGUUCUACUCACGAAGAUGGUGUUGAUGAUGAUGCUUCGUCUGCAGGUUCAAAUUCAGAUAGUGAUUAUUAUGAGGGUUCAGACAAUAAUGUACAUCCUUAUGACUCCUGCUAGAGGUACUUGACAAUUAUGAGGUACUACCCCGAAAUGCAAUAAGUUUGUGGUGAAGAUUUGUGUGAGGCUUUCUCCAAACCGCAAAGUUGUUAUAUCAAUGGCGGAACUUGCAAGAACUCACAACAGUUGUAAUAAUGAUGCUGCAGAAAUGUAGGCUAUCCUCUGUCUUUCAUAGUGUGUACUAUAGUACUCAUUUUUAUAAAGAUCUCUUUGUUGGAUAAAAGAGUGUCAUGUUCUAAGAAGCAUGUGUGUUGUGUUUGGUAGUCUAUUAGAGUCAAAAGACUUGCUAUCAUUAGUUGAGUUAUUGUGUUAAUGUAGGUUAGUGGAUCUAUAUUAAUCCACUAAGUUUAUAUUGAUGUGUAAUUUUUUUUUUUUUUUUUUUUUU